AUGCUUCGCUUGAGUGGCUUUGGGUGGGAUGACUCUGAGAAGAUGAUUUUGGUCGACAGUGACCAAGUUUGGCAAAACUAUGUCAAGAGGGAGCCAGAUGCCAAGGGCAUGAGAAAUGUACCUUUUAUUUACUACGAGGACUGGGUAAUUCUCUUUGGCAAGGAUAAAGCCACUAGAGUCGUGGCUGAAGGACCUGCUGACAUGGUUGAUGCCUUAGAAAAAGAGGACGAAACUACUGAGGAGUGUUACACUCCAAUUGUUGAUCUGCCUGAUUGUUCCUUAUUAGCAUCUGGGACUCCAUGCAACCAAGGUGGCUCAGGCACAACUUCUAAGAAAAGAGCUAGGGAAGCUGAAGGUAUUGCAAAGGGUCUUGUUGAUAUGGCUGUUGAGUUUGGUUCCUUCUUCAAGAAAACCAACACUACCAUGGAAGAAAUUGCUCAUAGGAUUGGGUAUGCCCAAGACUUGUCUCAAGCUAGGAAGCUGGUUAAUGGGGAACUAGCCAAGUUGCGACUGAACACGAAUGACAGGUUGAGAGCAGCUACCCUUAUUGUGAAGGAUGCUGAAAGAGUUGAUUUGUUCUUUAGCUUGCCUGAAGAAGAAAAAAUGGAAUGGGUAUGUUUGUUGUUGGCUGGGUGUGUUUAA